AUGCCGUGGGCACCUGGUGAGAGCUGGGUCGAGGUGUCUGCGCAGCCUUCGCGUCGUCUUGGGCUCUGGGCGAUGAACGGGCGGGGAGGCAGUCGCGCGCCUAUCACGUCGGGUGCGCGGCGGCGAUGGCGAGGGUCUAGAAUACGGCCGUCGGCGGCAGUCGUGUGCACAGCCGCGCAGAGAAUGGUGAAGAAAGUCGACACGUGUUCGCGUGGUCACGGCGGGCGCUGUCUCUCGGUCGUGGAGCUCUCUCGCACUCACACGGUGGGGCUGGGCUUCGGCAGGCGCGAUCGACACUGUGGCGGCCGUGGCUGUGCAGCCCAACGCAGAGACUGGGCCCACGAAGCUCCAUCAUGCAUGACGUCUAGCUCUCCAACCUCCAGAGAAUCAGGGCAAUCUUCACCGCUGCAAAAUGCUUUAAUAUCAAGUCGCGCCUUCUUCAUUUCUGCUCAUCAUCUCAUCUGUUCGCCAUCCGAGCAGUUUCUCGUCUUUACGCCAGCGCACUCGUCCUCUAUUUCAAGCGGCGUCGCGCCCGUUUCGGAAUUCCAGCAGUCGAGAGCCGCCCACCAACCACACGCCCAGACGCCUACUGAGACAGCCGCAGCGCCGCAUUUUCCUGGACUGCUUGUCUGA